AUGAUUUUAUCCAAAGAAGAAAAGCAUGUGACUGAAAUUUCAGCGAACUUGGUUCGUCCAAAUAAUGAGACUUCAAUAACCCCAUCUAUUCCAGCCAUGCCCCAGUUACCGCCAGAUAAUGGAGAUAUUAUUAGUCUAUAUAUAAAUGCAUGUGAUGCAGAAGUUGAUGCAAUCGAAGCCAAUAGAGAAGAAACAUUGCGUUGGUGUUUCUAUGCUAGAGAAUUCAAAAGCAUAUAUAAAGAUUUUAUGAUCCACAAUAAAGUCGGGGAAAAGAAGGCAAAAGAUUCGGAAUUAUCAGAAGCUUCGGUAAAUACAUCUACUGGAACCGAGGUAAGUGAAGUAAGUGAUACAAAAGCCAAUGUAAAUAAACCACAUUCUUUAAUUACUGCUUUAUCUGACGAUGAGCCAGAAAAUUUCUCUGACGACAAUGAUGAUGGGAGCUUCCGUGGGUUUUCUGACGAUGACGACGGAGGUUAUUAUUAUGAUUUAAAUACUGGUGAAACUUAUACAAAAUCGAACCGUUCAAUCUGUGCAUAUUAA